AUGGAUAUAGACACAGACUAUGAGCGGCCCAAUGUGGAAACCAUUAAAUGUGUGGUGGUCGGGGAUAACGCAGUGGGUAAGACCAGGCUCAUCUGCGCACGGGCCUGCAAUGCCACCCUCACUCAGUAUCAGCUGCUUGCCACCCACGUGCCAACUGUCUGGGCCAUUGACCAAUACCGCGUAUGCCAGGAGGUGCUAGAACGAUCCCGUGACGUUGUGGAUGAGGUCAGUGUGUCUCUGCGGCUUUGGGACACCUUUGGGGAUCACCACAAAGACAGAAGAUUUGCGUACGGCAGGUCAGACGUGGUGGUGCUCUGUUUUUCCCUGGCAAACCCAAACUCUCUGCGCCAUGUCCGGACCAUGUGGUUUCCGGAGAUCAAGCACUUCUGUCCUCGGACGCCCAUCAUCCUGGUUGGCUGCCAGCUGGAUCUGCGCUACGCUGACCUGGAUGCUGUUAAUCGUGCUCGCCGACCCUUAGCCAAGGGGGGGGGGGGGGGGGGGGGGGGGGGGGGGGGGGGGGGGGGGGGGGGGGGGGGGGGGGGGGGGGGGGGGGGGGGGUGGGGGGGGGGGGGGGGGGGGGGGGGGGGGGGGGGGGGGGGGGAAACGGAGUGUUUCUCCGAGAAGGCGGAGAUGGCGAGAAGGGGCGUGGCGUGA